GGGAAGGAACAAAGAGGCAGAUCUUGGCAGCAUAUCAUGUGACAUCACGUGUUCUUGGGUGAAAAGUCCAACGCCUUCCAUCACAGACGCAGACCAACUUGUAAACACCAUAAUGAGCAUCCAUUGAGAUCAAUGCCCCCUUGAGACAAUUACCUGAGGCCCAAGGUGGGUGCUAUUGAUUCAAACAUUCACCUGAGCCCUUUCGAAGUUCAUAUUCCAGGACAUCAAUCCCUAACCACUGACAGUCUUCCUAGCAAUGACUCCCUUAGCACCAUCGAUUCCCAUUCUACAACAUCACUGCGCACCACUCUCACACAAUAUGAGCUACUUAGGAAUCUUCAAUCAAUCGAAAGCUGCAUGCGCUGUGCAGGAGACCAAGGCGAUGACCAACACCAUGAAGAGCCGGUGACAGCCUUCCAAGAGGUUAGAUACGAUUAAAAAUCACUUAAUCCCCAUUCCAAGUGGCUUUGUUGAUUUCUGGGAGAGUCGGCCAUUGAGCCUGUAUUCCUGAUCAUGGCGUCGUCGACCUCUCUCUCCAUCCCCGACGAAACUCUCACCAAUCUCAUCAGCUAUCUCAAAGCUCACAAGAUCACCCACUCCCCAGCAUUGUGUUUCCGCCGUAUGCCCGGAAGAGGCAUUGGUGUUUUCACCAAGGAUUCGAUUCCAGCGGGAACUCGCAUUUUCCAUGUUCCCACAGCAGCCCUUUUCACCACUUCAUCCAUCCCAUUUUCAUUUGCAAGUAAAGACCUCCGGCCCAAGAUUCCGGUUCACGCAUUACUCGCCGCCUAUCUGACGUUUGGUAUCACCCAAGAGCGAGCUAAGCAGAUGCACGGAUGGACCGCGACUUGGCCGACGUGGGAUGAUUUCAGCGCAUCCAUGCCAGUGUUCUGGCCUCCCUCGACGAGAACAGAGAUUUUCAUCGAGUGUUCGCCCGCAACAGAGUCCGCCGGUGCGGCCAACCAACACCAUUUCUUUGCUCUCCCACCGACCUUGACCGGGACCCAGGAUUCUCCCUCUGACUCUAUGUCCACGGGCAACCCGUCCUAUGUACCUCUCCUCGACGCACAGUUGGCCAAGCUAAGUGGCCAUAUCGAAAACACGGCAACCUUGUUUCCAGGCCAUUCUACCUCAUUACGAGACCCGCAAUCUGCCAUACAUAAAGCUUACCUUUACAACUGGGCUAAUAUAAACACUCGAUGCUUCUACCAUGUUGCUGCGGGCAAACGUCCGCCGAGAGAUUCAAACGAAGCAAUGGCUCUCUGUCCGGGUAUGGAUCUUUUCAAUCAUUCAGACAGUGCCACAUGUCACACGUCGUACGACAGAAAGGGGUUUUACGUUUCUACGCGUGUGGACAUUGCUCCCGACUCCGAAUUGCUUCUCAGCUACGGCGCCCACGGCAACGAUCUUCUCUGGUCCGAGUAUGGUUUUGCCAUGGAUCCCAACCGAGACGAUCAUGUCCAAUUUGAUCAUGUGGUUUUGGCGACCCUGUCCCAAAGUGACAAAAAGGUCUUGUCAGACACGGGUUAUCUGGGCAAUUACACCUUGAACUCAUCGGGUAUCUGUUGGCGAACCGAAGUCGUCUCCUGGUUGGGUAUCUUGACAUCGACACAGUGGCAUCGUUUCCUCCAAGGAAAGCUGGACCCGCAGGCGCUUGAUAGAGCUUUCUCGGACAAUGUCCACCGGGACGCGGGAAAGCGGAGAAAAGGAAACCAAGGUCAUGUUGCAUCCGACAAGAAUAACAGUGUCGACGAACUGAUGCCCAGUACCAAGGUCAAAAAGAGACAAAUUGCAUGGCUUGCCGAGAUCACACGCCGAGCAGAGGACAGUAUCAAUGGACUGCUGAUUUUAUCUGAUCCAUCUUUCCACGACCAAAUGAUGCGCAUUUUCUCUGAACAACAAUCAACUUCUGCGCAUGGACGUGGGACCGGCGCAAAUGUCCAAAAGCGCACAACCACCAUAGAACUGGCUAGGCUCCGGUUAUGCAUGACACGAUGGAUGCAGAUCUUGGAAAUGUCGCACAAGGCCGUCCUACAUCUCUACUCAACCUUGCCUGGUCAGGACGUAGAGGCAAGCGCAGCAUCACUGAAGAUGGAACUAUUGAGACAAAGGUGCCAUGAAGUCAUGCAACACGGCUGAGUUUGAUCAGCAUGUAGGUCUCUGUAUUUGGGAACUUCAUAGGAUCUGUCAUGGUCGACACUUUUGUUUGGCCAACCACGCCGAGUAUCUCUGCCUAUUGGCACUUUUUAGUGCUCAAGCCUCAUCCGUUUUGGUGACAUCGUUUCGUUUCAAAUGGCAAUGCCUUGUCUGAAACGAUUGGUCACCUGUUGCCUCGCCGGUUUUGCUCUCCAUCACACUACACCUUGCGUGGGAACAAGGAUAUGAUGCUGCGCCGGUCUUUGCGCUGGACGAGUAGUACCGAUGACAAUUCUGGCUUGUCAACACUCGACAAGCAUGGCUGUCAUUGGAUGGCUCCAGAACUCGGCCCAAGACGCUGCUU